AACUCUCUCUCCAUUUUCUAUCAAUUUUUAUUAUAUUAAACUUCAUAAAAUAUUCUAUAUCCUUUGAUGUUUCCAAGUUUAACUUAAUAAUAUUGGUCUUUUGUAUAAAUUUCAGAUUCGCCAUUGAGAAUAGCACAAAACCAAAGUAAAAACAAAACAUUCGGCAAAACAAUAAAUUUUUAACAUUUUUAACAUUUAACAAUUCAUUUGCGCUGUACUAACUGCAGUUAAACUUUGACUGAUUUAUGUUUCAUAAUCAUAUUUUCAAUUUCCAAGUCGAUUAUUGUCACUAACUUUAGUAUGUCAUUAACACAUUAGAUUAUUAUCUCAUUAUUAUGUCAUUAACUUUAGUAUGUCAUUAACACGUUCGCUUGUUUUACAUAAUUGUACAAAACCGAUUAGGCUAAAUUGGUUUUAUACGUUUACUGAAAGCAUCGUUCUAUCUUCCUUCAGCAUGUAAUGAGCAUGUAAAGAUAGAAUGAUGCUUUCAGUACGAAAGCGUGCAAGACGAACUUAACCUUGGCUCGACAAUGUGGAAAUAGAACAAAAAAUUAGCUAUCACACAUACAUGACGCUCGGUCUCUUGUGAGAUAUCGUUGCAUCACAUGUGUGACGUUGGUAUAGCGAACGCGAGCUAAGCAUACUUAUAAAUCAUUCUACCCUUCCUUUCUGACAAAGCGCUGCUUUUUUCUCAGCAGUCAAACGCUUCGUCAAGAAUGUGCAAGUGAGAGUGUAUAUAACGCACAACUACGAUACACACAAUUGAUACUGCAGGUAGAAAACCAGCCACUUGGUCCAAUAGAGUAAAGAUUUAAAACUGACUGAGCGAAUCGGACCUCGAGCACGACGGAAUGACCAGCCAGCAGAAAACGCAAGUAGACGCCGGGUUGCUUCCACAUAACUUCCCCCAGACAGACAUUGGUCCAGCAGCUCAGUUUGAAUAAGAACGCGAGAACGUUGGGAGUAACGGGAAGCUGCUCUACGAAAGCACGAUGAUUUCGGUGUUGUGAAAACAUUGAAAGAAACUUGUACUCAUAGAUGUUCUGAGGAAUCGACAAGACUUGUUCGACAUUAUGUUGCCGAUGAAACCGCUUCUCUACAGAAUCGAAACGUACAUCGUACCUGAUGUAAACAAGUUCCCGACACAAAAGAUUUCAUCUCUCGACGACGGCAUUCAACUAACGUGUCAGCCAGGAGUCAUCGACGAAAACACGUGUGAGGAGAAGCGACAAGACCCGAAGGAUACGUCGUCGCUCUCGUAUGGACGAAAAUGCGUGAAAUCAAUGGAAUAUUUCGUGCGGGACAGUGAUUGCAAAUCGACCGAUAUAAAAAGCAUGGAAAGUGUGAUAAGUAACAGAGAGAUCGUAUGUGAUAAACGGCCCGAGAAUGAUGACUUCAAGUAUCAAAACGACGAGGAAAAUGUUCCUAUUCACAUUGAAGAGUAUCUUGAUAUGCGAAAAAUAGAAUAUCAAAUGUUGACCAAAUCACAUGACUCAUUUUAUCCUGUAAGACAAUUCAAAAGGUUCAACAGUUUAAUGUCGAUCGAUGAGAGAAGCGAAAGUUCCUCAAAUGCCGAUAGUAAAAUAAGCGAUUUCUGUCAACACGGCUUCAAGAACGGUUGCACCGCGACGAUCCCGUCGCCCGAGGAAGUCAGCGGGGAGAUCUUCCAGGAGAACUGGUUGCGCAAAAUCGAGGCAUUGCGGCAGCGCGAAGCCGCCGUGGCAGAGAAAGAGAUCAACCUGCAGAACCGAGAAAGACAGCUGUUCAAUAGAGAGAAAGAGAUCCGAAUCAGGGAAAGGUCACUGCAGGACAAACAGAGGCAGGUAGAACGUGAGCAGAAGCAACAGGACCUGCGGAACGUAAACAAGAGGCUUCAGGAAGUCGGGCGGAAAUUGACGUCCGAAUUUCGGGAGUCUCAAGAGAAAGAUCAUUCGCUUGAAGGUGGACGAAAUAGCGUCGUUCAAGUAAAUGAGUCUGUGAAAACGGAGAAACCGAGGAACGGCCUCCAACUUGCCGAUUCACAUGAGAAAGUCAAGGAACUCGAGAAGAAGCCGAGAGAUAUGACGCGCUCGAAGAAUCAUUCGUCAAAACAGUCGUCUUCUAAUAGACUUAACUCAUAUAGCAGCAUGAAAUUCAAAGAGCGGCCCAAGGAGUCUAACGACGAUCUCAACUCCACGCUGUCGGCCGACCCCGGGGACUCGUCCUUCGUGAAGACGUCGGAGCUCUUCAAUCCAGAAGUCUACAAGAAGCCGUACGCGUUCACAAGAUCGGCGAGCGAGCGUUGGGACAAACAACAGAGUCACAAGAUUGUCUCGAAGGUGCAGACUGUGCUCGACACCGAGGAGAAGGUUCUUCGCAAACUCACCGAGAAUAUACAUGCCACACAGGACAAGGACACCAAGUUUCAGAAUUACGGACUCGUAGAUUGUAGAUUAAACAAGGUUCCAACGGCCGUGCCGAAACCAGAACGCAAUCCUGCCAAUGAAGAGAAAUGUUCUUACCUCGACUUGGCGACUAAUAGAAAAGCACCCGAAGGACGCCAAAAGGACAGACCGAUCUCGUGGAACGAGAAGACGAAUGAGUGGUUGCAGAAGAAACGGCAAGCGUACAAUCUAGCGACCAAAGAAUCGCUCGAGAAUAAAGAGAACUUUCAAUGCAAUAACGUCGCGACGCAGAGAACGAAAAGCUCGAAGAAGGCCAAGAACAAGAUAUUCACAAUGUUCCGUUGACUCGUUGCUUUACUACUGUACAUUGCUUUCUAAAAAAACUAAAGAUUCGGCGACUUAAGGAUUAGUCUGAAAUAAUGAUCAUGUAACUUUUUUCAUAAAAGUGGAAACUUGAAAGAUAAAAAGUUUCAUAUGAAUUCGAUGACUUUAGCAAUUACGUAACUUCUCGUACAAUAGAAAUAUGAAAAUUUUUAUGUAAAACUUCAUUUUUCAUGAUUUCACACUAAAAGAAAAGAUACAUGAGUAUCACAGACAAUUGUGUAUCACACAACUAGGUAAAAAUUACAAAAGUGAACGAAUUUAUUAGAUGAUUUAAAAUUUCAUUGGGGUCAACACCUAGUGAAUUUGCUCACCUUUGUCGUUUUUAUCACGUUGUGUCAAUACACAAUCGAUCUUAUAAUCGAUACCUUGUUGUCAAGUAUAUUCAGAGGACAAACAAAAAUUCAUGUGGAAACUUGCAAUAGUUUUAGUAUAACAUUGAACAAUAGAUCAAGUGUAAUAUUAUAAUUAUAAGUGCAAUUACUCAUGCUUUCAACAUUUCCUAUAAAGAUCCUGAUAGAUAUAAACAAGUGACAUUGAAAGCAUGUAGAUAGAAAUAAAUGAAUAACAUUGGAAGUAUUAAAUAUUAAUCAGGAGAUAUAGUCAUAAACUUGAUACGCAUACCAAAUUUGCUAAUUUAAAGAAAUAGCAAUUAUGUGUUCACUCUCAGUCUCAUAAUAUCAUAUUAGACUUUGUGAUUCCUUAUAUUUUCAUUGUAAUCAAAGUACAACACAUAAGACGUUAUUGCCAAUAAGAGAUAAAGAGAGAUAUGGACUUUGCAUAUAUAUAUACAAAUAAACAUAUUGUAUUGUUA